AUGCAUCCAAGAUGUUCAGCUUCUAACUGCAAUGAUUAUGCUGAAUUAUAUUGCUUAUGCAGCAAAACAUGCUUUUCUUGUAAAAAGCAUGAGCAUAAGUUCUUGGAGAAUCCUCACAAACUGAUCCCCUUCUUUGUUAUAGUUGACCAAUCUGAUAAAAAAAAUUUCCUUCAGAUUUUGACUGAUAUGAAAAUUCGCCUCAAUAAAUUUAAAAACUCCUUACUUCCCACCUCAUUUAUAUUAAAAUCAUAAAAGAUCUUAAUUCGCAAGUUUUUUGAAAAGAAAAAUACAAAGGUUUAUUUAUAUUUAAGAAUGCAAGCUGUCAAGCAUUAAUAAAUUUAUUAAUUAUAUAUAAAAAUACUCUGUAUAAAAGAUGACUUUUUUUGGCUUAAAAGAGGGUUAAUUCCCAAAAAUAAUUAUUUUCCAAUGGUUUAGCUCUGUCUUAAAGAGGGAGUUAGAAAAAGAACUUCUCCAAGCCCUUUCAAGUAUAACAUCAACUCUCGAACUCUCUUUAAAAGCACUAACCAAGCUAAAUUAUCACUACAAUACAUUAAUUAGCAAGCUAAAUCGCAUUGAUAAAUGCUCAACAACCUACGCUUACUGUGGUCUUGAUGCUUUUAUUAGAUCUGAUCAUCAAGCUAUAUUAAAUGAAAUGAAAAACUAUGAGAUAGACUAUGAAAAGAAUUUCGUAAAGCCCGUUUUACCUAUGAUCGAUAUAGAAAUAAUUGAAAACCUCUGCAAUAAAAUUUAUGAGUUUUAUGAUAGGUCAAAUACUCCUUUAUGUGGAACCUGUGAAUAUAUUUAUCCAGGAUUGUCGGAAAAUGAUUGUUAUUAUGGAAACUGAAAAAAUCAUAAUUCUUCCCUUUGGCGAGCGAAAAAAUCUUGCUUGCUAGCCAAGAUUAAUUUUUAAAAAAAAAAUAUUUAAAAAUCUAAUUUAAUUUAAGACUAAUACGCUUUAAAUUAAAUAGAAUCGCUUGGAGAUAUUACAUAUCAAAAUAUUUUAUACCAAAAAUUUAUAUUAAAACUAUUUUGCUUAAGAGGAAUUAAUUCCCCAAAAUAGCAAUUUUUUUAAUAGUUUUGUUUGUUGAUAAUGGCGCAGUAAGAGAAAUGGAUAUGGAAAAUUAAUUUGGAAAAAUGGGGAUACCUAUGAAAGGAAAACAUUAAAAUGGUGGCACGUGCCAAUCUGCCCUCUUGGCGCAACAGCCCAAACCUUAUGGCGACGGCGAACUGGAUGAACUCCAAGUCCAGAAUCAAAUGCAGACUCAAGAGAUAUAUAUCCGGAUAGGUUUUGGCUGCUUUCCUGCGGCUGGAAAUAGAGGUGCCCGGGAAUGUCCUUUGGAUCCGAGACCCAUGGGCAUUCCUCUACCGAGAAACUGGGGGUUUCGGUCCAGACCAUCAGGAAGUAGUCUUUUCAUGUAGCUGUUGAAGGAAGGCACUUCGACACCUGACAGACUCAAAAAAUCCAUGGAGUCAAGCUACUCCAAUUGCCUAUAGCAGGGCCGCAGAAAUCCAUAAGCACUCAAGACUGAAGCUGCAAGGCAAGGAGGAGACAGAAGGUGCCGGAAGUGGCACCUGUUUUUUGCUGGGUUGGAGUGAAAAGCGAUUGAACCUUCCGUAUGGAAGUUCUUUGGUGACUGCUUCACCAAUAUAGCUAACGCGUGUCUUUAAUUAACCAUAACUUAACCUACGAAGGGGAGUAUAAAGAUGAUAUAAGAAACGGAAAAGGAAAAUUUACUGAAAAAAGCGGGGCGUUUUAUGAUGGAGAAUAUGAAAAUAACUUAAGAUGUGGGUGAGGUAUUUUUGUUAACAAUGAUGGAGACAGAUACGAAGGACAGUUUCAAAAUGACAAGAAAAAUGGAAAAGGGACAUUGACUUUUUCAAAUUGCAGCAAAUAUUGUGGGGAUUUUGUAUAGCGCCUUUCUUAAGAUGGCGCGCAAUGCGCCAUCACCGGGCCAUGUCGGGAGAGGGUUCUCCACGAGGAAUGGUUCCACGUGUGGAACCCUCUUUUUGGCUCGUGGAAAAAGAGGGUUUCACACGUGGAAUCAUUCCUCGUGGAGAACCCUCUCCCGACAUGGCCCGGUGAUGGCGCAUUGCGCGCCAUCUUAAGAAAGGCGCUAUAGAUGAUGCUUUUCAUGGAGAAGGGACCAUAAUUUAUGAAAAUGGAGACAAGUACGAAGGAUUUUGAAAUUAUAAUAAAAAAGAGGGUAAAGGUAAACUCACUUUGGCAACAGGAGAAAUUUAUGAUGGAGAAUGAAAAGAUGAUAUGAAAAAUGGCUAUGGAAUUUACCAGGACGAAAAUGGCAGUUUUGAAGGGAAUUUUGUAGAUAAUGCUAGACAUGGCAUUGGAAGCAUCGUUUUAAAUGACGGAAAACGAUUUGAUGGAGUUUGGGUGAAUGGCAAUAUGACAGGGCCUGGAAACUUUUGUAUAUUGAAUGAAGUAGAAAAGAGAUAUAAACUUAUUUAUAAAGGAAAUUUCAAAAAUCAAUUGUAUAGUGGAAAAGGGGAAAUACACUACGAAAAUGGAGAUAAAUAUAAAGGAACCUUUAAAAAAGGUAAAAAACAUGGGCAAGGGCUGAUAAAAUGCAAAGAAGGAGAGUGAUUGCAAUAUGAAGGAGACUGGCUAAAUGAUUUACCUAAUGGCUGUGGCAAUUUGAAACUUAGAAAUGGAGACUCAUAUCAGGGAUCUAUAAAAGACGGCUUAUUUCAUGGUGAAAAUGGUAAUUAUACUUAUAAAAAUGGAAACACCUACAAAGGCAGCUGAAUUGAUGGGAAAAAGAAUGGUCCAGGAGUAUACCAAUAUAUAAAUGGAAAUUUUUAUAAUGGGGAUUGAGUCAACAAUUGUAUGGAAGGAUCAGGAAUCUUAAAAGAUUCAUCAUUAGGUAUAUAUGAAGGCAGUUUUAAAAAUAAUAAAUUUGAUGGACAAGGCAAGAUUACCUAUAACAAUGGAGAAGUUUUUGAUGGAAAAUGGCUAAAUGGCUUAAAAUCUUGUGGAGUUUAUUUUUAUUUAAAUCGAGAUGUAUAUGAUGGAGAGUUCGUGAACGAAAAGAAAAACGGGGCAGGAACUCUAACAUUUGCAAAUGGAGAAAUUUAUCACGGGCAGUUUAAAGAUGAUGCUUUUAAUGGUUUUGGGACUUAUUAUUGGACAAAUAGAGACCAAUAUGAGGGAGAAUGAUUAAAUGGAUUAAAGCAUGGAGCUGGUAGGAUGAGCUUUGAUAAUGGAAACUCAUAUGAAGGGAUUUGGAAUAAAGGAAAAAUUAAGAAAAAAAUUAAAAAUUCUGCAGGAAAUGAAUCACCGAAAUAA